UUCAAUUUCCUUGCACGACUCUUCUUUUUCUCUUCUCUCCGUCAUCGUCGUCUUCUUCUUCGUCUUACAUACGAAAAUUGCAAUCUCAUAGAGAUAGGAUCAGCCAUGUCUGAGAAAGAAACUUCACCAGCCAUACUUCAAUUUGUUGCAUUGAAAAGUUUAGUCCAAGAAGGUUUCUGGGAGAGCUUCUCCUCUUUGAAACUCGAUAAACUCGGAAUCGACGAUUCUCCUAUUUCAAUCACCGGAUUUUGUGGACCAUGUUCACAUCCACAAGGCUCAAAUUAUUUGAGACUUUCGUCAGAGUCAUUGCCUUUAGAUGAACAAUCAUCGAUUGCUAGUAGUACAAUCAUCCAUGGAAAUAGGAAUAAGUGUCCUGUUCCUGGGAUUUUGUAUAACACCAAUACCCUCGAAAGCUUCGAUAAACUUGACGAACAAAGUCUGCUCAAAGCAGAAGCAAACAAGAUUUGGGAUGAUAUUCAAUCAGGAAAAGCACUUGAGGACCCUGCUGUGUUAUCAAGAUUCCUCGUUAUCUCCUUUGCUGACCUUAAGACAUGGAGUUUCCAAUAUAGGGUUGCGUUCCCUGCGCUUGUUCUUGAUCCUCCUGCAAGUUUGGUAGAAAUAAAGGCAGCUUCAGAGUAUUUUAGUUCCGAAGAGGCGGAAUCAGUGUCUGCUGCUUGUAAGGAUUGGCGCAACUCACAUUUAACAACCGAUGUUCCAUUCUUUUUGGUUUCGGUUUCUUCUGAUUCAAAAGCUAGUAUCAGACAUCUUAAAGACUGCGAAGCGUGCCAAGGUGAUCAUCAUCAAAAGUUGCUUUUCGGUUUCUAUGAUCCAUGUCACCGUCCUAAAAAUCCUGGUUGGCCACUCCUAAAUUACUUAGCACUUAUUCGCUCAAGAUGGAACCUCGAGACAGUUCGGUUCUUGUGCUACAGAGAGAGUCGCGGUUUCCCUGACUUGAACCUUUCCCUUGUUGGUCAAGGCUUAGUUACACUUUCAUCAAAAGAAUCAGCUGAGACUGUACCUAACUCAGUGGGAUGGGAGCUUAACAAAAAAGGGAAACGAGUACUUCAAUCCAUUGACCUUGCUGAUUCCAUGGAUCCAAUAAAGUUGGCGGCUUCUGCUGUUGAUUUAAACUUAAAGUUAAUGAAAUGGAGAGCAGUACCCUCUCUUAACAUAGACGUUUUGUCCUCUGUCAAAUGCCUUCUUCUUGGAGCUGGUACAUUGGGCUGCGAAGUUGCUCGUCUUCUUAUGCGUUGGGGAAUCCGCAAGAUCACCUUUGUUGACUAUGGCAAAGUAGCUAUGUCUAAUCCAGUCAGACAAUCCCUCUACACGUUUGAAGAUUCUAUAGGCGGUGGCGAGUUUAAAGCUGUUGCUGCUGUUAAACGCCUUAAACAGGUAUUUCCAGCAAUGGAACCUAGUGGAGUUGUUAUGGCUAUACCGAUGCCUGGACAUCCGAUUUCUAGCCAAGAAGAGGAUUCUGUUCUAGCAGAUUGUAAACGUCUUAGCGAUUUGAUUGAAUCUCGUGAUGCCGUGUUCUUGUUAACCGAUACAAGAGAAAGCCGGUGGUUACCUUCUCUUCUUUGUGCUAAUGCGAUUAAGAUUGCUAUAAAUGCAGCUUUAGGUUUCGACAGCUUCAUGGUAAUGCGCCAUGGCGCUGGCCCGACCUCCUUAUCUGAUGAACAGAGACUUGGAUGUUACUUUUGCAACGAUGUGGUUGCACCUCAGGAUUCAAUGACUGAUCGAACUCUAGACCAGCAAUGCACUGUUACACGCCCAGGUGUAGCUCCGAUUGCAGGAGCCCUUGCCGUUGAACUCUUAGGCGGAGUCCUACAACACCCACUUGGUAUCAAUGCAAAAGGCGACAAUUCGAGCUCGAGUAAUGGAGGAAACAAUGAUGAUUCGCCUCUCGGGGUAUUACCUCAUCAGAUUCGAGGCUCACUUUCUCAGUUCUCACAGAUCACGCUGCUUGGCCAAGCUUCCGACAGCUGUACCGCUUGCUCUGAAACCGUGAUAUCGGAGUAUCGAGAGAGAGGAAACAGUUUCUUACUUGAAGCUAUUAACCAUCCUACAUACCUGGAAGAUCUCACCGGUUUAACCGAGCUUAAGAAAGCUGCUAAUUCAUUUAACCUCGACUGGGAAAACGAUGAUACUGAUGAUGAAGAUGUAGCUGUAGUAGAUAUGUAAAAGUCAGAUUUAUAACCCAAAUGUCCAUAGAGUAAUUCACAUUUCACAAGAUGACUUUUAUAUGAAUCACUUAAUAAUCAUUUUUUUAACUACAAUGGAAAAAAAAAAAAGCUUGCAAAACUA